AGAGACCACUAACAACAAACAGUACGCAACAGGCUCCUACAAAGAGAGGGGAACAUACAGUCACACUGCAUCAACACGAGAGGAAGAGAGAAGAAAGGACAGGGAAAUGUCAAGACAUCAUAUUUUCUGCUGAGAACUUCCUUUGAGAGCAGCAGGACCCCGGGAACAUAUAUAAAGAGAAAGAAGAGGAACAGCAUGGAUCGACCUGUUGUUGAAGUCUUUCACUACAAAGACAAAGAGCAUUCCUCCAACCUGCUCCUGCAGCUCAACAGACUGAGACUGGACAACAUCCUGACCGAUGUGUGGCUGUGUUCGGACAACACAGAGAUCCCUUGUCACCGUAACGUCCUUGUCUCCAGCAGCCCUUACUUCAGAGCCAUGUUCUGCAACAACUUCAUGGAGAAACAUCAGGCCAAGAUUGACUUAAAGGGCGUCACAUCAGCCAUUCUGAGCAGCAUCAUUGACUAUGUUUACACUGGACUCAUUAGCAUCAGCAUGGAUAUUGUGCUCCCCCUCAUGCAGGCGUCGUCCAUGUUGCAAUACGCCCGCCUUUUUGAGGCCUGCUCAGGAUUCCUUCAGAAGCAGCUGAGCCCAGACAACUGUCUGAGCAUGAUAAGACUUUCUGACAUCAUGAACUGUAACAGUUUGAGAGUCAAAGCAAAAGAAAUGGCCAUGAAGAGCUUCUCUGAUGUGUCAGCGUCCGAGGAUCUGUGUGAUCUCUCCUUGCCGGAGAUCAUGGGUUACCUGGAGGAUGACAGCCUUUGCGCCGAGGAGGAGCAGGUCUUUGAGACACUCGUUGCUUGGAUCCAUCAUGACCCUUUAUCCAGGCGUGGUGCUAUUAGCGACCUCUUCAAGAAAGUUCGACUUCGAUACAUCCACCCCACAUACCUCUUCCAGUUCAUAGCCAACGACCCUCUGAUCCAGUCCUCCACUCUCUGCACCGAGCUCAUUGAAUCUGUGAGACGGCUCAUGUUUUCUGUUAACACAAAAUACAUUGAAGAUACGGUGGUCGGCUUCAAACCCCUGUGGGUUGCGCCGAGGCGCUACACAUGCCACGAUAUGUUGGUGGUGGUGGGAGGGAGGAAGAACAACGAGCAGACCUCGAGGGAGGCGCUGGUCUUCGACGAGAAGAGCCAGAAGUGGCAGUGGCUCGCCAAGCUGCCUGUUCGUCUUUACAAAUCAUCCUACGUCGCCCUUCACAGCGUCCUGUACGUCAUCGGAGGCCUGACCACGAACACAAAGUGCAGCAAAGUCAGCACAGACGUCUACACACUCUCCCUGAAGACCAACCAGUGGCGGACAGCGGAGUCCAUGCUUCAGCCACGCUUCGCCCACCAGAGCGUCUCCUACCUCCACUUCAUCUUCGUCCUGGGCGGCCUUGGACCUGACAGACGGCUGACAAACAGUGUAGAGAGGUACAACAGUAUGUUCAACCAGUGGGAGUGCAUGGCGCCCAUGCCCGAGGCCGUUCUUCACCCCGCAGUCGCUGCUACUAACCAGAGGAUCUACAUGUUUGGAGGAGAGGACGCCAUGCAGAAUCCUGUCAGAAUAAUUCAGGUGUAUCACAUUGCCAGGAACAUGUGGUCGAAGAUGGAGAACAGAACGGUGAAGAACGUGUCUGCUCCGGCUGUGGUUUUGGAUGAAAAAAUCUACAUCAUCGGAGGAUACACCAGGAGGAUGAUUGCAUACGACACCAAGGCAAACAGGUUCAUCAAGUGUGCCAAUCUGAAGGAGAGGAGGAUGCACCAUUCUGCCACCGUUCUCAACAACAAACUCUAUGUCACGGGCGGACGUUUUGUCAACGGCCACGACGUCAUCGAGGACUCGGACAGUUUCGAGUCCUAUGACUUCAAGACGGACACUUGGACAUCUAAAGGGAGUCUGCCGUACAAGCUGUUUGACCAUGGCUCGCUGACUCUGACAUGCAUCUCACAAACAUGGGCAAAAUCCUAACUCAUAUUUUAGUGUUGUCCAUUCGAAACCCGUUUACUACCAGACUUCAUUGGUACAUGGUUCACAAAGUCAACAUACCUCGAGUCUUUCAGGACAUGCAUUUUUAUUACCUGAAUACUUUUGCAUAUUCCAUGACGUUUCCAUGCUUCUAUUUGACACCCAAAUCAAUGAAAACAACCGCAUAACUUAAAAUAAUACCGUCCCUCAUUGUCUCUUGAUAAAAUUAUACAGAUACAUGCAUGGGCUCAUCAGGGCAAAUCGAGGAUGCUUUAGCAAACAAGCUAUCUUUGCAGCACAGCCUGUUCUUAACCUGUCUGACUUCACAAAGGGUAAACGUGCUAUUUUUGGUCUGCUCUAAAUCACAAGAUUUCACUUGUCAUGUUUAAAUCCCGGGGCCUGUGUACUGUUUGGUGCGAGUCAAAGCCAUGUUCAUCUCUUAGGUCUGAACCUGCUGAUGUGUCUGGAGAAGUGUUGAAAUGUUGAACUUUAACGUUUAUAUAUACUUUUUGCAUUUUUUUUUUUUUUUUUUUUGCAUUUCUAUUUUUAUAGUAUAUAGUAACUAUAUGCUGACAUAAUAGUGACUUUCCUACAAAAACCUGUGACUUCCAGAAUAAUCUGUUUUUAGCUAGAUUUAAUUUUACAAAAUUUAAAAAAAGUUUUUUACUGUUGUUUUCUGUUUGUGUUUCUACCUUGAAAAUAAAGUGCCCAGCGAGUACA